AAGACGUGGAAACCCAGCACAGAGACCCGCCAGGACCACCUGGGCUCAGGUUAUGAGCGAGACUUUCUGAAGUUUCAGGGACAGAGAGAAGACAGUCUCGAUGAUGGAAGCUGUUUCAUUUGAUGGGGACAAUGACAUGUCCUAUGAGGACAGUGAGUCGCCUCUACCCUCUCCAUUUACCUUGACGCCCGCGGCACACAAAGGCAGCUACGAUCUAGAACAGGUCAGACAGCAAGGCGAGGAGCAGCCACAGACCUUCACCUUCAAUAGAGACCUAGAGGCCGCUAGAAAUACCAACACCAAUGCCAUAAAGAGAGGAGAUGCAGAGUCAUACGUGGAGCUAAACGAGCUGCGUGGUGAAAUAUGGCAGGAGACGGGCCGCUGGGUGGGUUUUGAGGAGAACUUCAGCCCUGCCACGGGACAGUGGAGCCAGUCCCAUGUCUCCUACCUCACCUUCAAAAGCCUCAUUCAGCUCCGCAAGGUCAUGAGCACAGGGGCUGUGCUGCUGGAUGUUGAUGACAGCAGUUUAUCCAGCAUUGGCCAGAAGAUGGUGGAACAACUUCUGCUCAAAAAAGAGAUCCGGCCCUCUGACCGUGACGCUCUCGUCACCAUACUGCAACGCAAGCGCAGCCAGUUAGAGCCUGUUGUAUCCCCUGGUUCAGCAGACCUUGAGCUGCAGACGUUCUCUGUCACCAAACAGCGAGAUCAGGUUGACCGUGUGGAGGGCUCUGUGGUUUUGUCAGGUGUGGUGGAGAACCUACAGAAACCAGUGGUGGCGUUUGCACGUCUGCGGGAUUCGGUGGUGAUGGAGGGGGUCCUGGAAGCUUCCAUUCCAGUUCGUUUCGUCUUCUUCCUCGUGGGCCCCAGUCACAGCGGCAUGGACUAUCAUGAGAGCGGCCGAGCCAUGGCAGCACUGAUGGCCGACUGGGUGUUCUCUCUGGAGGCUUACUUGGCCACUAAUGAGAGGGAUCUGUACAAUGCCAUGGCAGACUUCAUGGACUGCAGCAUCGUGAUCCCACCUACAGACAUCCAGGAUGACAGCAUGCUGAAGCCAAUUAUCAACUUCCAGAAGAAGAUGCUACAUGACAGAGUCCGCCCAUAUGACACUCGAAUCAUGGUUGGGGGCAAAGCCCCAACUGGACCUGCAAAGCCAAGAGAGGAUCCACUGGCCCGUACCGGCCUUCCAUUUGGUGGUAUGGUCAAAGACAUUAAACGCCGCUACAAGCAUUACCUUAGUGACUUCACUGAUGCAUUGGACCCUCAAGUGCUGUCUGCUGUCAUCUUCAUCUACUUCGCUGCCCUUUCUCCUGCGAUCACCUUUGGAGGACUUCUUGCGGAUAAGACGGAGCACAUGAUGGGGGUCUCUGAGAUGAUGGUCUCCACCUGCGUGCAGGGUGUCAUCUUUUGUCUCUUUGCGGCUCAACCAGUUCUCGUCAUAGGGUUUACUGGACCAUUAAUGGUGUUUGAGGAGGCGUUCUUUCAGUUCUGCAAGGGGUAUGGCUUUGAGUACAUCGUUGGCCGUGUUUGGGUGGGUAUGUGGCUGAUCGUCAUUGUGGUGAUCAUUAUGGCAGUGGAGGGAAGCUUCCUGGUCCGUUUCAUCUCGCGCUUCACCCAGGAGAUCUUCUCCAUUUUGAUCUCUCUCAUUUUCAUCUACGAGACCUUUUCCAAGCUUAUCAAGAUUUUCAAAGCUCAUCCUUUGAUCUUGAACUACGAACACUUAAAUGAUUCCUUGGAUGACCCAUUCCAUCCAAUCAAAAAAGUUAUCAACGUCACUCUUCAUCCAGAUGGCAAUGUAACUGAACAUCAUGAAAUAAUAGAGAGGGCCUAUCCUAACACUGCCCUGCUGUCCAUGUGUCUUAUGUUUGGCUGUUUCUUCAUUGCCUUGUAUCUCCGUGGGUUUAAAACAAGCACCUACCUUCCUGGUCCUAUCCGUCGGAUGGUUGGAGAUUUUGGUGUCCCCAUCGCCAUCUUCUUCAUGAUUGCUGUGGAUAUCAGCAUCAGUGAUGCCUACACACAGAAACUGGUGGUGCCAAAGGGUCUGACCGUGUCCAACACUUCUGCCAGAGGCUGGUUUAUCAGCCCGUUUGGUGAGAAGAAGACAUUCCCUGUCUGGAUGAUGUUUGCCUGUGUUGUUCCUGCCAUGUUGGUCUUCAUCCUUAUUUUCCUUGAGUCCCAGAUCACCACGCUGAUCGUGAGUAAACCUGAGCGGAAAAUGGUGAAGGGCUCUGGUUUCCAUGUGGACCUCCUCCUGCUGGUGUUCCUGGGAGGAGUUGGAUCUCUGUUUGGUGUCCCGUGGCUCAGUGCUGCUACUGUGAGGUCUGUGACCCACGCCAAUGCCCUAACCGUCAUGACCAAAGGCCCCAGACCUCAGAUUGAACGCGUGUUAGAGCAAAGAGUCAGUGGGAUUUUGGUGGCGGUGAUGGUUGGUGUCUCAAUUCUCAUGGAGCCCAUUCUGAAGAUGAUUCCUAUGACUGCUCUGUUCGGGAUCUUCCUCUACAUGGGUAUCACUUCACUGAGUGGCAUCCAGCUUUGGGACCGCAUGCUCCUGCUCAUUACGCCGAAAAAGCAUCAUCCGGCUGUUCCAUAUGUCACCCGUGUGCCAACUAUGCGUAUGCACUUGUACACUUUGAUCCAAGUGAUGUGUUUGGCGUUGCUGUGGGUGGUAAAAUCGAGUAAUUUCUCACUCGCCCUUCCAUUCGUUCUGAUCCUCACGAUCCCUCUGAGAAUGUUCAUGACCGGUCACGUCUUCACUGUUAUGGAAAUGAAAUGUCUGGAUGCUGAUGACGCAAACGUGAAAUUUGAUGAUGAAGACGACUAAAAAAACAAUCUCUAGAUUCUUGAUUUCUGAUUCCAAACCACUAUGAAUUCAUCUCACUGUGUGCAUUACAUGAGAAUAAUUUUGCUUAUAUUUUUUUAACUGUUGUACAUUCAAAUCCCUUAGUUUAACAGGUCAGAAAUGUUGAAGAAUGUGAUCAAUGCACACCUAAAGUUCAUAAACUGUUCAUAUACAUUCCGUAGUUGUUUAUCCGAAUAGUAUGUUUUCUUACUUUUGCAUAGAACAUUGUGCUUAAGCUUUUGAUUUUAUUUUAUUUUUGUGUGUGUGUUUGUGCCUUUUAAGAUUUGGGAUUAAAACAUCAUCCUGUUAUUUAUUUAUUUAAAGUAUUCAGGGUUUAAAGCAGGAAACUUCACGUUGGAGUGAGGCAUGUCAACUAUGCACCAGCUCGAUUGUACCCCCGUCCUGUUUCCACAGGUGAUGCCAAUGCAAAAUAUGUGCCUUUAUAUUUCUUAUAAGAAGUUGAAUGUUUCUGAAUUUCGAACAUCAUACCUGUAAAUAUAUUAGGCUUAUGAUUGUUAGCGUAGGAUAGAUUUUACACAGUAUAAAUGAUUCAUUUGCUUUAUGUAUGCUUGGUAUGUUAUGGUGUGUGACUUUGUUUAUUGAUUAAAAUUCUUUAAAACAUC